AUGGCGAGUUUCAGAGAUGCUAGAGGUGAGGCACGGGUGGUCGGGAGAGACGGGACGGGGCGAGAUCAAAACCCUAAACCCCUCGCUGGCUGGAUUUCUGUUGCGAGAGGCGUGAUUGCCCCGGCCUCGCGAGUGGACGGGAAGUGGGACGAGGAGGCCCUAGCUCGUGGAUGGUUCCAGAAGCCUUCCGACUUCGCUGAUCGUGGUGCCAAUGGGCCGGCUCUUCGCUGCUCCUCGGUCGGAUUUCUCAGCCGCACCCGCACCCUCCUCCUCACGACAAAUGCUGAGCAGAUUCUGACGUUCCUGUCCGAUUUGGCUGUGCUCCGAUCCGUGGCUCCGCGCUCCUAAACUCAAAUUCAAGCAUGCAGACCUUGCAAGGUAUGAUUCGAACUCGGAGCGUGCGAAAGUGGUGAGAUGUGGCCGGUGCUUCGUAGAGCAAAGCUUCAGCUUGGCAUCGAGGUCGGGGAGGCAGGAAGAUGUGUGAAUCAGGCGUGAACAAAAUUUCAUUGAUUGGUACUACGCCUUUAGGGAGUAGGUUCAGGUAGGACGAUAUUAUGGGAAGACGACAUAGCUCCUCUAGAAGGAGAUACUUUGUGGAUUUUCGUUUUGUGUGUCGAGAAUUCACGAGGAUAAUGGGCCAAAGCUAUUAACUAAACAUGUAAUUCUUUAGGACAGUGAAAGUAAACCCGUGGCCAAGAGAAUACUGCACAAAUGGAGUAAAAUUACAUGGGAAUAAGAGCCACGCAAAAUGAUAAAAUGAUUAAAAAAAAGGUCUAAACAUCCGAUCAAGUCUUACGAUUAUGAAACUGGAAAACACCAAUGGCUAGACACGAAAAAAUAGAUUAUAAACAUCAGACACCU